UACAUAUUAUAUUUCUCUAGUUUAGUAUUUGUUUUAUACAUCUAUGGGAAAAUUGCAGCAUAAUGAAGAUAUUUGUUUUUUUUGCUAAAUUUUUCCAUUUUGCCGUUUGUAUGUUAUUUAUCAAAAUUUACUUAUAUACAUUUUAUCGGUUCGUACGUGCGACAGUAAGAUAACUGGAAAAUUCUGUGGGAAAAUCGGUAGAAAAUUAGAGGAGGAAAAUUUGCAUGCUCAAAUAGUAGAAUAUGUGCUGCGGAAAUUCUUGGCGAGGUCUUCGUUGUAGUCGAAGCCAGAAACAGAAGUGAGACCAUCGGGUUCCGCUGCGCGCCGUCGGCGCGGCUUUGCUGGCGCGGUGGAGGCGCGUGUUGCCUCACGUGUUGGGCGUAAUGCAUCGCGUUUCUGACACGUGAUGCCUUCUCGUCGUUGGCGCGGUGCGGUGCGGCACUACGUGACGUGACGUCUCCCUCCUGGUGGCUGAGGAAACGGCAAGCGUCGCCGCUCGCGUCUCGUAGUCGUCGUCGCGCCUGCGAUUCGCGAGCACGCACAGCACGCAGCACAGUUGUUCGAUAACGAGAGAAGGCGCGAGAAGGCGUUCGUCCCGAGUGUCGAGUGGAGAGCGGCUAAUCUCUCAUCUGAGCUUAUCUUCGAUAAUCGCAUGUUGCUUCGAAUAAUUUAAAAGAAAUAUAUAAAGACGUAGAUAUAUCUUUAAAUAAAAAAAAGGUCGUGUGUAAAUAAAUAUGUUGUAAUAUCAUUAAGCGUGUCGGACUGUGGUUUAUAACAUACGUUUAAAUAAUAAUACUUUAUUGAAUACGCUUUUGUAUAAUAAUAAUUUGAAUAAUAACACCUGAUUGAUAAUAUCGAAGGAUACAAGUUGGAAAGUAAGAAAUAUAGAACAUUCCUCCAUGGUGGAAAUCUAUUCGAACUGGAUAACAUUGUGUGUGGGAUAACUGUUACUGUUACAAACUCUGUAAUACGGCUUACGAAUUUUUGCCGAGAAAGGAGCAAUUCAGAAUUUGACUUUCCUCACGGGAGGAUCGCGUUGAAAGUGAACUCGAGCUAGUGGACUAGGCGAUAUUCGCUUUUCAGCCUGUUUGACAUAAAAAAAGUUUACUUUUAAAUGGUACACGCAUAUCGAGAACAUUUUUCGAAAGAGAAGGCAAAAGGAUCAUCUUAAAACUACGGAGCGUGAUCUGCAGCGAAACUGAAUUUUGUGUAAAGAAGAUUAGACAAGUAGAUAUCCCUUUCAUCUCGUGUUUUGUCAUUGAAGGCAGGAUGGUCACGCAUAGUAUGGAUAACAUUCUGAACAUGCAGUAUUACCCGACGAACAGCCACGUCGAUACAUCGGUGCAUUCGCCGCCACCGAGGAAGAGGCGUUGCUUGAAUAAAGAGCAAGAUCCGAUGUCACAUAGGAUCAUUGAGAAACGUCGAAGAGAUCGCAUGAAUAACUGCCUGGCCGAUCUCAGCAGACUCAUACCGGCGGAAUACUUGAAGAAGGGUCGGGGCAGAGUCGAAAAGACGGAAAUCAUUGAGAUGGCAAUUCGCCAUAUGAAGCAUCUGCAAGGCCUUCGGCAAGAUACCAAGCACUCGCCUGUGACGUCGGUGCACACGCAUCCCGAAGACAGUGUAGACAGCGUGUCCCAUUCGACCGCGGCUUCCACCGCGGCGGAACAUUACAGGCUGGGAUUCCAGGAGUGUCUGAGCGAGACCAUGCAUUUCCUCGUCGAGGUCGAGGGUUUUUUCGCGAGGGAUGCUCUUUGCGUACAGCUCAUCAACCACCUGCAGCAGCACUGCGACAAGAUCGUAGCUACCAGUGAUCGAUUGGGCUUCCCGCAUCCCGAGCUGCCGGUGAUGAACGGCACGAUGAACGGCACUGGUUACUCGCACACGAGCAUUCCGACGAUAUGCCAACCCAACGGCGGUCACUCGGAUCACGGUUCGAGCUCGGGCGUGAGCUCGUUCGGCGACCCAGAACGUCCUCUGCUACGACCAGCGAUCGUGGCACCACCGACGAUCGUAAGUGACGACAGCAACCACAGCACCCAUUCGCACAGCACGCCGCCCGGGGCCGUCUCCUGUCGGGAUCGGCCGACCAACUACAAGUUCAAGAGCUCGAUCAAACAGAGGUUCUCGGCGGAGAGGGUAAAGUCAUGUUCGCCGCCGGUGUCGAACGGUUCUGGAUUGGACAAACCACCGUCAUCGUCGUCUCACGGCGUGCCGAUCUUCGCUUUGCACGAUGCUGGUUCCUUCUAUGUGCCGUUGACGGUCGAGGCAUCCUUGAUUAGGCCCCACUUGAGCUUCAUUCCGGACACCGGGCCCGACACCGUUCUACAUCCGGUUACGAUAUCGGUUAACUUCAAUCACUCGCCGCCAGUAUGGUCACAGCAUCACAGUCCUACUCAUCAGCAUCAGACAUAAAGGAGAGACAGAAGCAGAUUGUUCGUAUCUAUCGUGAACGAGGAAGAUGUAUUCUGAAUCCAUCGGUUUCCGAUUGUCACCGGUGAAUUGAUCAGCGUCCUAAUACAGAAUGAUCAUAGAAAUCCUGAAUUCUUUAAUGAUAAUAAUAAUAAUAAUAUGUCAGACAUUGGAUGGAACUGGGAGCAAUGAGGCCGUCCACGAUCGCGAGAAUCACAGGUAGUUCGUGAUUCUUUUAUUUUAUUAGUCGCAAUACAUGGUGGACGGAAUAAAGUAGCCUAUAUACGGUACUCCGGGAAAAAA